UUGGAAUAGCGUCAGGUUAGAUUAGUUUAGUUCAGUUCAGUUGGUCGUCGCCCGUCGAGCGCUCCGCACGCGAUCACCUCUCUUCUUGCUUCGGAAACCCGCUCACAUGGACAACUUUGAAAUUGUAGAAUUCAACUCUUUGAGUGAAACCGUGCAGAGUUUAAUAAAGGAUGCCGUAGAAAUUCGAAAAAAGGCAUACUGUCCAUACUCCAACUUUGCCGUAGGCGCCGCUAUCCUGACCGAGAAAGACUCCAAGGUCUACACGGGAUGCAACAUCGAGAAUGCCGCCCUAGCUCCGUCUUUAUGCGCGGAGCGGGCAGCCCUACCCAAAGCAGUGGCGGAUGGCUAUAAGAAUUUCAAGAUGGUGGCCGUGGUAGCUCACCAACAGAACUUCACGGCCCCCUGUGGCUUCUGCAGGCAGUCGCUCAGCGAGUUCGUCUCGACGGACGGUGAUACGGACGUUUUUCUUAGCAAGCCGACCAUGGAUAAAGUGCUGUGUACGAAGCUCUCUAAACUACUUCCGCUUUCGUUUGUUAACUUCCAAAAAGACAGUAUAAUCACAUAGAGUUUUAGAUAUUAGUUUAGAGUGUGAGGGAUAUAGUGUCUGUGGGUGCGAGUGACGAUGUCGUCGAUUGAUGUAAAGCUGGGAUAUAUCCGCGAAAAUCGAAGUUAGUCAAUUCCGGGUUUUCAGUCACUCUAAUUACGUCUUAGUGAGAGUAAAAGAGAAAGAUCCCCGCAAUUUGCGAAUCUCGGUUUUCGCGGUAGGCCCCCUGGAGUCCCACUGCGGCGCAUGCUACGCACAGAUGUGAGCCAUUGUUUGGGUGCGCGACUUUCUUUUCGCAAUGUUUUUCGUAAGGAUCGGGAUCACUCACUGCUCGCGUGAGAUGCCAAAGCGGCUCGCUAGCGCUAAAUUUGGACUUAUAUAAUGAGAAACUCUGAUUCUAAAACUGGUCAUAAUGUUCGUGAUAAAAUACUCCGUACUUCCUUGCAAAGUGAGUCAAACUGAGGUGUCUUAUGACGAGUAUUACCAGUGUGUUUUCCCUCGUCCAAGCAGGCCAAUGUAAAUGUCUCGAUCGAUCUUAGUUUUAAUACUAAAGUGCCAAUUACAUCCACACUUUAUCAGGUCGGCAAGGUAGGCUCGAGCAAGAGUGUUUUCCCGUUUCAUCAAAUAUCAGCACGUCGCUAACAAUAUUUGAAAUGUACAAAAAUGGUUCAUAUGCAAAAAUAUCAAACAUUGAACAUUUUUGGCAAUUAGAGACAAAGUAUUAUUUGAAUUUCAAAUAUUGCUAACGAUGUGCUGAUAUUCCGUGAAACGGAAAACGAUUAUCAGGCUCGACAUGGAGACUGAUUACGGACCCGAUAUCGGGAAGGGUGGAUGUAAUUGACCCAUAAGUGACUUUCAGCAAACGCUUAUUGCUUAUUAUUUAGCCGUGUACAGUAGUGGGCAUCCGAUUUUAAGCCUCUAUAGACAACAAGUCAAUUUAUUGCACAAAAAAGAGAAAUUAUUGUAGAUAAUGUAAAAUUAUAUGGAGCCGUCCUAAAAGAGUGGGACUUUGAGUACAGUCAACUACAGAUAUCUGGAUAUACAAAUUUCCAUGUAUACGCGGUCAGAUCUCGUGCAGCUGAUUGUAUUCAAUAACAACUUUAAAUUAAACAAUAAUAUAAAAGAUAAAAGACAUUGUCAUAUUUAGUAAUACAAUUUUGUACAUUAAAUAAAACUUAUACAUAUCGAAUAAUAAUAUUAUAACUGUACAAA